AUGACAACCAGUGUUCAAGGCAAGACCCUGAUAGUGGCAGCUUUCGACUUCGGAACAACAUACAGCGGCUAUGCUUUCUCCUUCCGAGAUAACCCCGACAAGAUUCAGACAAAUCAGAUCUGGUAUGCAGGCGGUGGGGCUUCCAGAUUAGUGUCACUAAAGACGCCUACAUCCGUCCUCCUUAAUCCAGAGGGAGGGUUUGACAAGUUUGGUUUCGAGGCCGAGGACAAGUACGCAAUCCUUGCUGCAGAUAAUGAGCACCACGGCUGGAGGCUUUUUCGGAGAUUUAAGAUGGUUCUUCAUAAGAAUAAGUAUUUGACGAAAGACGUUACGGUAGAGGAUUUUUGUGGAAAACGUAUGACGGCUUUCCCAUUGUUUGUUAUAUCGAUAAAAUACCUUAGAGAACAUCUACUAAAGGCAGUUGCUACGCAGAAAAUAGGAAUCAAAGAGACAGACAUAACUUACGUGUUAACCGUCCCGGCCAUCUGGGAUGACAAUGCCAAGAGGUUCAUGAGGGAUGCAGCAGUUGCAGCUGACAUCGACCCCGCUCGCCUUAAGCUGGCCUUGGAGCCGGAAUGUGCCUCGAUCUGGUGUGAAACUUUAGAUGUGGACAUCAAGGGCGCUGUAGCUAUUGCAGGAUCACAGUACAUGGUCGUCGAUCUUGGAGGAGGAACAGCAGACAUAUCCGUACACGAGAGAAAAUCAGACGGAACAUUAAAGGAAAUUCACAAAGCCAGCUGUGGUCCUUGGGGAGGUAUCUUUGUGGAUAAAAAUUAUAUGGUUAUGUUGGGUCGAUUGUACGGGGAAAAGGCUCUGAUUGACCUGCGAAAGACGGAAAUGAGUGAUUAUUUUGAUAUCACUCGCGAUUUUGAGCACAAGAAACGAUCCUUUCAUGCGGAAAACACAAAUCCUGUUUUUGUUCGCUUAUCUGUUUCAUUACGUGACCUUGUUGAUAAAUAUUUCAAACAAACUCUUGAGGAGAGAAUUGCAGCUUUGCACAUUCAGGAAAAUUCUAUAAAGCCAAUAGGUAAGGACAAGCUGAAAAUCGUUAGCACAGUUAUCCAAUCAUGGUUCAAAGGGCCAAUCGAUCUGCUGAUCAAGCAUAUAAACUCACUCUUAGCAGAAGCAAAGAUGGAACGCGUGCAAACCAUUAUUCUGGUAGGCGGUUUCGGUGAAAGCCCUUACGUUCAGGAGAGAAUGAGGAAUGAAAUAGCUGGCGUGAGACUUAUCGUCCCUCCAGACGCGGGUCUUGCUGUGUUGAAAGGCGCCCUGAGGUUUGGCCAUAAUCCCGCAAUUGUAUCCUCAAGGAUCGUGAAAUACACGUAUGGGAUAUCAGGGCACACAACUUUUAGUGAAAAGAAGCACCAAGGUAAAAAGAAGGUUAUGCUGAAUGGAGAGUGGAAGGUGCGUGAUUGCUUCAAUGUGUUCGUGCGGGUGAACGAGGAGGUGGGAGUGGACCAUCAGGUGACCAUACAGAGUACCCCUUAUAGUGAAAUAUCCCUGACACCCGUCUACAGGACGACACAGCAGAACCCCGAUUUUACAACAGACCCCGGAUGUGAACUCCUCGGGACGAUUGAGCUUGAAAACAGCAUGGACAUUCCAUUUGAAAAUCAGUAUAUAGAAGACACGUUUUUGUUCGGAGAUACAGAGUUGCUGACAAAGAACACUUUCACGGGAAAAGAGGCAUUUUUGACAUUUGAGUGUUUUAAGUAA